UUAACUCUGCCUGUCUCUUUCUAGAAAUAUUGGCUUCGUGGCAUCUCCAAAGCUAUUCCCUCAAAGCACCAGCUCCUGAGCACUUGGGGACUCUGAAAGCUUGGGGUGAGCUCCGAUCACCUGUCCUGCCUCUCUGGACAAGGGAAAGGCUGGAAGCCUACCGGUGCGCUGAGCUUCGGGGAACACAGCUCCCAAGACACAGAAAAUAUUGGCUCCUUGGCAUCUCCAAAGCUAUUCCCUCAAAGCACCAGCUGCUGAGCACUUGGGGACUCUGAAAGCUUGUGGACUCCUACUUUAAAGGAGGACACACAACCUGAAGUUCCCUCUUUUUAACACCAUGGACGUCACACAACUCAGAUUCCAGGACAAGAAUCUGAUGUCAGAAAGAGUUGAAAAGUUAUCUGAAGGAGAGAUGGCUGGAAGCACCCCACAGUUGGUGAAAGAUGUGGAUCCACCGACAUUCACAGAGCCCUCUUUUCAACUCAAGGGUCCAGGGGGCAUUCAUCAAAAAAGACAGCAUGCCAAGCCAGGAAGAAGGAAAGGAAGCAGAGAGAGUGACUGCAGCAUCACUGUUGAUCAGGACACGGACUAUGCUGAACAGGUUCUGUCUGUAGGAAAAAUCACACUUGGAGAGAAGAAUAGGAAUUCAAUGAAAGAUAGUCAACAAAAAAGAAGAGAGGCCAAAAAUAUCUUACAGUCUGUGUGUGCCCUGCUCAAUUCUGGAGGGGGUGUGGUCAAGGCUCACAUUAAAAAUGAAAACUACAGCUUCACCAGAGAUGGAAUAGGACGGGAUUUGGAAGAUUCCUUGCUUGGGGUCCUGCAACUUCCUCAUAAAUAUCUAGAUGUCAUGCAGCACAAAGACUACUUUUUCACUUUUGUGAAACCAUGGAAGCCGAAUCACAAAGGGCCAGGGAUCACCACCUUGAAAACCAACUUGUACCAGAGAAGCAUCUCAUCCUCAGAUGAACUGACAUCAGCUGCUGCACUGCAGUUCCUCAGAUCCAGACCAAGCUCACCUGGGGAAAACGUCCAUAAUGAACUGCUAAAUGAAUGUCUUGCCUUAUUUAGCAGAGACUGGCUUGCCUAUGAAGAGACAUUCUGUUUCACUAAAUCCAUACAUGCUGAAGUAAAAUUGACUCCCAAGGAAAAGAUUUUUCCUAAAAAAGAGAUUUUAGAGAUUCUCCCUCAAACUGUUUCUGCAUUUGCAAACACUGAUGGGGGAUAUUUGUUCAUAGGUUUGGAUGGUAAAACCCAGAAAAUUAUUGGUUUUAAAGCAGAGGAGAGCGAUCUCGUGCUUCUAGAAAGUGAAAUUGAAAAGUGCAUAAGACAGCUGCCUGUCACUCACUUCUGUGAGAAGAAGGAGAACAUAAAGUACACAUGCAAAUUCAUUGAAGUGCACAAAUCCGGAGCCAUGUGUUCAUAUGUGUGUGCGCUCAGAGUGGAGAGAUUCUGCUGUGCAGUGUUUGCUGCAGAGCCCGAAUCCUGGCAUGUGGAAGACAGCUGUGUGAAGAGGUUUACCACAGAGGAAUGGGUGAAGCGCCAGAUGGAUCCCAGAGCAGUGAUAUCUGGAAAGGUGAUACGCUCUCCAGAAGCCCUCUGCAUGAAACCUUUCUUACCACAUGAAGGCUAUGAGCAGUUCCUCCUGACAGAGUUGCACUCGCUUCCUAAAGGAACACUGGUCAUCUCUAAGAGCUGGGCUUUGGAUCUGGGCUUGCAAGAGAAGCAGGGAGUCAUCUGUGAUGUGCUUCACGGUUCCCAGGACAGUCUCCUGACGCUGCACGGCUUUGUCCCGGGAGAAGAGGACCUGGAAGUCAACAGCGCUCUUCUGAGGAAACUAGGGGCCGAGUUAAAGGGCUAUUAUAAACAAAUUGCCCUAACCUUAAAGCAGACGUUGGUAAACCAGGGUGGUUACACUGGGAAAAUAGGUAUCGGGAUAAAGAUAACAUACGUGGGUCAUAAGGCCGUGUGUCUUUAUGAUUCUAGCUCGGAAAUACGUUACCCACGCAAAUAUUAUCUGACAACCAAGACAGUAAAGGACUUAGAAAAAGCUCUUGCUGAAAUCUUAGGAGGUCAUGAGUCUCUACAGCUUACACAGGAAAAAAUUGUAGCGAACUUUCUAUCUCUGCGUUUUUAAAGGCAUGCAAUUAUGUAGUUUACUUUUCGAGAAAUGUAUUACCUCAUAUUCGAGCCUGGCUUGACGUAAAAAAAUGGAGUAUC